GUGACAGUAAAAAUUAGGAAUGAAAUUGAACGUUAAUUUUAAUCAAUUUGUAAUUUAUUUAAUCCGUUUUUUUUUAAAUUUUAAUUAUGGCUGUAUUUGACGUUUUUAACCCUCUAGCAAAUGUAACACCACGUUUUACGGAAGAACAUUUAGCUGAUAUAGUUGAGUGGUUUGACAAUAAAUCGAAACCUUUACUUAUUACAAGCGACAGUGAACCGAUAAACGUAAUUACAAUUGAAAAUUUGAAAGAAUUUUUGGGACUAAAAAAGUUUCAUAAAAGAUGUUUCCAUUACCCAAGCUAUGCAGAAAUUAUGAUUGAAGUAGAAAAGUUAAAAGCAGAAACGAUAAGGAUGUUAACAAAAGAUCAAUUGAUAUACAUUUUAGAUAAAUGGGUUAUAGAGGCAGAUUUGAAACAUGAAUUAAAAUUGGCUUUCAAAGUCUUUGAUACUGAAAAACGCAACUUUUUGGAAAUUGAUGAAAUAAAAGUCAUUGUCACGAGCUACGGAGAUGCAUUCAGUGAUGAGGAGACUAGAGAAUUAUUACGUGAUGCUAAUGUUCGUGGAGAUGGCAAUGUGUUCUAUGAAGAUUUUGUUGAUAGUUUGUUUAGCGUCGCUCCUGAAUUAUAUCAAUUGAAGGCUGAAUUUUUAUACGAAGAUCCCAAUGAUGAUCCUUCUGUUCCACCUGAUCCAGAACCUGAACCGGAACCGGAAGUGCUCGAACCUGAGCCGACUCCACCACCUCCACCGCCUCCUCGGCCCAAAAAGAAAGGAAAUAAAAAAUAAAUUUAUUACAAAAUGUAA